CUUCUCUACAAAUUUGUUGGCCCCUGUUUUUACGCAAUUUUCAUACCUGAUUUUGGGUCACCCAAGAUCCAGACCCGCUAUAUGUAGAGAAAACGGAGAUCCGACUGUGAUUGGGGAAAAAGGAAGCAGAAAGCCGGAGACAUAAUUGAGACAAGGAACGGGAGGCGAUUUAGAGAGGAAGAGAAAUGUCAGUGGAGCCUCCUCCUUUUCAGGAAGCUGCGCGCUGCGACGUCUGCAAAUGCAGCUUCAACACCUUCAGGCGACGUGUACUCUAUUCUUACUCUUUCUUUUCCCAUUUUCUUUCUUCAAUUUCCGUGUUUCUCUCUUUCGAAUCUUGUUCAACGCGACCACCCCUUUUUUUCACAUAUUUUUUUAUGUAUUUUGAGGUCUUCAGUUCAUAGAUUACCAAAUCUGGGAGCGGAUCUUUAAUAUAUAUUGAGAUGAUCCUUUUUCUUUUUGUUUGAUUGGAAAUUGAAGAAAUUGUACCGAUAGAGAUAAAGAUGAGCAUAGAAAAAUCCAACAUACAAACCAAUCUGAUUUUUGCCCAUGAUGGGGAAUGUUUCUAUCCCCGGAGGGAGUCUGGAGACAGGGAAUAGAUUAAUCUUCCCCUCCCAAAAGCAGAUUUUUGAUUUGUUGCCAACUAUAAAACGAGUGGAACGGGUAAAGUCUAUGUCUCCUUGAGAAAUAUCUUUCCAAGGGCAUUGGUGAAAGCACCUAAUCACAAAAUUGGCAUCCCAUUCUUUGGAUUGAGGAUCUUUAAUGUAUAUAUUGAGAUCAUGAGAGUAGAAAGAUCCUUUUCUUUUUGUUUGGUUGGAAAUUGAAGAAAUUGUACCAAUAGAGAUAAAGAUGAGAAUAGAAAGAUCCAACAUACAAACUAAAUCUGAUUUAUGCCAUAAAGUGUCAAAUUUCCUAGGAAAUAUCAUAAGCACUCAUCCAAUAGAGUUUUGUUAUUCAAAAAGACCACACCCAUUCAUCAGCCCAAACCCCCUCAUAUCUAGGCUUACACACCUGCCUCCAAACUCUCAAGUGGUCUCUCUUCCGUUCACCAAUACUUGAUCAAUGCAAGUCUCUUUGAAUUUUCUCAAUCCCAGAUGCAACAUCGGAUGGGAUCUUCAAGAUGGAAAGGCGAUAAAAGAAAUAUGAGCAAGGAAGGCCUGAAUUCCCCCAAGAGCAUCAUUGCCGAUGUUGCGGGAGAACUUUGUGUCAUGAACAUUCAUCAAAUCAAAUGGCUUUGCCACAAUUUGGUCUUCACACGUCUGUUAGAGUUUGCUCUGACUGUUUUAAUGACUCCUCCCGAUUGGGAAAAGUUGAUCCAGUGGCCUCUUUAGAUGGGAUUAAUUCUGUUGUGGAUUCAGUUGCAACACUGAACAUCAAUCCAGAUGUAGAUCUGAAGACUGGUGAACCAACUACAGUGCAUAACCCUGUUUCAGGCAUUUCAGAUUGCAAGUGUGGGAUGCCUUUAUGCAUUUGUGAAGUUCCAGCUGCACCUGUAGAGACAGUUCCCUUGCAGAGGAAAACUAUUGCCAUCUCUACCACUCAUUUGAACCCAAAACCAAAAAAGACUGACUGCAAUCUGAAGAAUAGAGGUUCCACUUCAAACAGCAAGCAUGGGUUGGUUUCCAAUCUUGGGCAGGUAAGCAACAGUAGUUUGGAUAAACCUCAGAUGGAUUAUGAUGCUAAUGGGGAGGGUUUAAGAGAAGCUAUCAAAAAUAGUGACACUGCUGCAGUCAAGAAGCUUCUGAGUCAGGGUGUUGAUGCAAAUUACUGUGACAAGCAAGGAUUGUCCGUGCUACAUCUGGCGGCACUCUUUAAUCAAACUGAUAUAGCUUUUAUUCUCAUGGAAUCUGGAGCAAGUCUGGAGCACAAGAAUGCACAGGGAGAAACACCACUGGAUUGUGCUCCUGCUACGCUGCAGUACAAGAUGCGGAAGAAGAUGGAAGAAGGUGGGCAGAAGGGCUAAACCCAUGUCAUCUGAGAGAAGUGUUUUUGUACAGGGCUAACCCCCUCUCUCAUCUGUGAGAAGCAUUUCUCUUGUAUCCUAAGCUUGUGUGCGAACCUUUGUUUCUUUAUUUAAGAACAUUUCUCUUGAUUGGGUUCCAACUGCUGGGCUGCUGGACUGCUGGUCAGGUACACAAACGCAUUUGCAGACACAGCAGUACAAGAAAUUCGUGGAGAAUGAAUGCCCAUGCUAAAAGUUUGUUGUAAAGUACUCUUUUACAAAAAAUAUAAAAACGUUUUAGCUAGCUGUUAGCCUUGGAGGAUAGUGGAACUGAAGUCAAAGAAGCCAACGCUGUGAGUUGUAAGCCCUAUUAGCCAAUUAAUAGUCGCCAAUUAUUAAAGUUCGCUUUUUGGCUGUAAAACGAUUGAAACAGAUGUAUCUUUUUUUUUUUUUUUUGUGCAUUUAAAGAGGUGGAAAAAUGUUACUCUCCCUUUUACAUUUA